GUGAAUUUAAAAGGCAUAGAUGAUGUGAGUAAUAAGGAAAGUUUGAAAUUAAAUCAGAGUUUAAGAUCGAAGUUGUCAGAAGAAAUAACAACGUUACACAAGGUUGGUUCAUCUUACGGUGGAGCCCUACGAGGAUUAAUUAACCGAGACAAAAUGAUGCCCCCUGGAAGAAUAGCUAGUUUAAAACCUGGAACUUUAAUUGAUCUAAUUCAAGAAGAGAAGCCUCAUCGCCCUGUUUCCAGAGCUAAGAAUAGGCAAAUAAUAUCUCAGUCUAGCAAUGAAAUACCCAUUCAAUCAAGUUCUUCAGAUGUAAUCAAAACCACAUCUUCAAGUAAAGAUUGUAAUGAUAAAUCAAGGGAUACAAAUGAAAUUCUAUCCAAACUAUCAGAACAGGAUUUAAAAAAAUUAAUUCAUGAAAAUAUUGGAGAUCUACCUAUUCCUACAAAUCUAUCCUUCUUAGUUAAAAAAGAAUCGGACGCCCAAGUUUCACAAAAUCUUAAGUCAUCAUGGGGUACUAAUGAGAUAACAAAGCAGCAAUUCCAUGUACAAGCACAGAAUGUUCCUAUUAAUAAUAUUACUCUUUCAUCUACAGCAAACAGCACUGUAACUCUAAAACAAAAUUCUCAGCCUAAUUCAUGGUCACCAACUCAUGUCAAUGAUUUAUGGAAAAAUAUCUCAUCAAAAGAUCCAAGAAGAGAGACCAUGAAUGUCAGUGCCCUUGGGUGCAUGCAAAAUUCUGAAGUGGGAAUUUCAUCAGACCACAUUUCUCAUUCAUUUGUAAACUCAAAUGACAGUUUUACAAAAAAUACAGAAAAUGUUUUUUCUAGUGAUUGUCAUACUAGAACUAGUUACAAUCCUCCUACUUUGCAAACAGAUCCGUUCAGAUCACCAUGUUAUGAUGGUAGUUCAACACCCGAUCCCUAUAGACCAGAUCCAUAUACUUUAGGUCUGAAGGAAAAUACUGAGAAAGAAGUAGGCCUUUUAAACUUGAAGCCUACUCAGAGAUCCCAACUAAUGGAAGGUCCUCUAAGAACUCCAAUGUUGGAAACCCCUCAGAGAGCUUCUCUUUUAGAAUCUUCUCAAAGACACCAUAUAGAAACCCCUUUACACUACAGUCAAGAUGGUAUACAAAGACCCUCAUCAUCAAGUCAGCAUAUUAUGUCUAAUGAUAAUGUAUAUACACCAAUGUAUGCUGUAAACCAACAGUUUAAGCCAGGAGACCCAAGAUGUAGGAGUAUGACCAAUACAUACGCUGCGUGGAGGCCAGAGGAAAGUUUUGAUAGAAAACCUAAUCACUUUCAAGAAAGCUCUAGUUCAUAUUACAAUAGGGCAUCGGAGGACCGCAGAAACUAUUCAAAUAAUUACACAUGGUCUAGAGAAUAUCCACAUUCUUCUCAGUACAACCAUCGAGGCAGAAACUAUGAGAGGUAUUACAAAGGUAGUCACAACUACAACUGUCCCAGACCGGGUUAUAAACAGUCAGACAUGCCAAGAAAACUGUCAGCAAGGGAUCCAAGACGUAAAAGUGUUGAAGAAAGUUUUGAUAAAAUCGACACAAAAAAAUCGGUUGUAGAUCACGAGAUAUUCAGACAAGACCCAAGAUUACAUGAAAAGAAUCCUCUAAAAGAUAAAAGGGGUAAAGAAAGUCACUGUGAUGACAAAUUUCCAAAUAAGGGACGACCUGUGCAUAGUCAAUUGUAUGAAAAGUCUCAGUAUAAAAAAGACGAUUCAGCAAGGAAUUCCACUGAUGACCCGAAUCUUAAAGAUACAUAUACAUCUCCUCUUGACAAGUUAUAUACUAAUAUGGAAAUUCCAAAAACUGGACUUGGCUAUGGAAUACAAAAAUUUAGAAUCCCAAAAAUAAAAAAAUAUGGUAAUGAUCAAUCUUCAAAGCAGGGAUCUAAGGAAAAAUCUCAAACUCCUAUUCAAAUUAUUCCAGCAGUCACUGAAGAGAAUGUGACUACUAUAGUUACAGAUAAUAAAGUUACACAUGAUAAAGAUAAUGCCUCUUUAGAAGUUAAAUCAGGCAAUGAAAAUUGUCAGGAGAAAGAUAAGCAAUGUGAAAAUAUUAAGGCUGAUGUAGAAGAAGGGUCUGAUAUCAAACCCCUUGCAAAAUCAAAUUUGAACAUAGAAGAAUCAAGUAAAACCAAAAUUCAAGUUAAGCAACUUAAAACUGAGAUUCAUACUGAUGUAAUUAAAGACAAGGAUUCACCUACCAGAAGAAGUAAGAGAAUACAACAAAAUCAAAUCCAGAAAUCUCUUGAUUUGAUUUCAGAAGAAGAUAGUCUUAAUAUGGAUGUCAGCCAGAGUCAGUCUAAUUCGUCUUGUAAUAAGAAACAAUUAAAUGAAGAGAAGAGUGAUAUAUCCAAUAUCAUCUGUGCUGAAGAUGAUAAAAACAGAAAGCCAAAUUCUGAACUUUCCUCUCUUGAUUGUCAAUCUUCAAAUGACCCAAGUGUUCAAAUAAUACCUAUUGAAAGUAAACUAAAAACAGAACCACCUGAUUGUUUGAUUUAUAAAAAAUGUGCUGAAACUGGCACGAAGGAGACCUUGGAAGCUGAAUCCCCACCAGAUAAGGAUGGAGGUGGAGUAAUAAUUGAAAAUCAAACGACAAAAAUGACAUCUAUUGAUCAAGACAUAAAUGAAACUCAUGAAAGCAUACUUUCACCAGAUGAAAAUAAGGAGAGUGCUGCAAACCAGGCAGACCCUAAAACCAGUGACAUGCCACAACACUCUACCAUUACAAGUAGUUUUGAAGUUGAUUGUGCAAUUGAUCUUUCUCUUAAGAAAAAUACAACGGAUGAAAAUCUAUCUAAUAAGAAAUCCGGAGGAAUAAAAAAUAUCAAUAAUCCUCCAACUGUAGGUGGGCAUCCAUCACAAUCAUUUGAUAGUAGCAUUGAGUUAAAUAAAAAAGCAACAAGGAUUGCACAAGUAUCUCCACUUAGGCAAGCUAAUGUUCCAAUUGUAGAUUCUGAAAUAAAACUUAAAAUGAUUCAGGAUGUUUUUGGAGGCAAAUUAACACACGAUAAAAUUUUGAAAGUGGCAGAAUUGCUUAAAGUUAUUGACAGCGAAGAAACUGAAAAUGACAAUGCUACUAACAUACUUGAUGCAAAAUCUGAAGAGAAUGGAGAUAUAAAGUUAACUUCUGUCAACAAAAGUUUAACUGUAAUUGAAGAUAGUAAACGAGAAAAUGAUGGUGAGCAGAUUACAACCAGUGAGAGUGAUAGAAAUAAAAGUAAAAUUUCAACAAUUGAACAAAAUGAAUCUAAAAAUGAAGGAGAAAAUAAGAAAAAAAUCCCUCAAAAAAGUAAAUCGUACAAGAAAAAAAGGAAAACUAAACCAAAACCCCAAAUUUUAGAAAAAUCACAAAGUAAACCACCCGCCCAAAAGACAAAACGAAAGUAUAGAAAUGAACUUGAUAGAUUACAAGAUGACAUAAGUAAAUAUCAUGAUUCUGAAGCAAUUGCUGCUGCUUCAGGGAUGCGAAUGUGCAGGCUCCAAAAAGAGAAAACUGCUCUAACUCAAAAUUGUACUCAACCUCUUCAAGAUAGUAAAAAGAAAGCAGUUGGGAGGAAAACAGAUACAUGUCAGAAGUAUGAAAAAGAUGAUGAACCUGAUGAUGUAGAUUCUACUGACUCAGAAGAAUCUUGGAAUUUAUUGUCUGAAAAACUUAAGUUAAAAUAUGGGCAUCUGAUGUCAGAAGAUGAUGGAGUAAAAGAGCCAUCAAAGGAUAAGAAACAAGAAUCGAUUUGUUUGUCCAGUCAAGUAAAAGUAAUUAGUGAUCUAACUCAAGAAAACUGUGGAAAAAUUGGUAAAACAUCUUCACUUUCUCAUGAGAAGAAUGAGAGAAUGGUUCCCCAAUCCAAGAGUGAAGAUCUUUCAUCCCAAUCAGUUGAAUUGAGAGAAGGAAAUCAAGAUAAAUCUGUUACAGAUAAAAUUUCUGCAUCUCAGUUAAUAACUCCUGAUAAUGAGGAAACUAAAACAGUUGUCCCUGUAAAAAUAGUUUUACAGCGCACAGUUGUUCCAAAAUCAGAUGACUCUGGUUUGCCCAUUGAAAGUUCUCAUGUGAAAAGUGAUAGCUCUUUGUCAUUUGCUAAAGAAAGGGGUAAACUGAGCAGUAAAGAGAAAUUCAGAAGUGUCAAGUUCAGUGGAAGAAGGUCUAACCAUUCUGAUAAUAAUUCAGUCCCUAAUAAAACCCUAUCAGAUAAUAUAGUCCAAAAGUAUAAAAUACGCAGACAAAAGAAAAGGUGUCUUUGGUAUGCUGGUAUUAUAAAGAAGAAAACAAAACGAAAGAAAUCUGCUGAGUUAGAAUUGAUGCAAUCUUUAGAUAAAGAAGAUAUUAACAAACAAGAACUAAAAAUAAAUUAUCUUAGAGACGACCUUGAAGAGGACCAUAACUUGGAAAUCUCUAAUUCUGAAGAUUUGAUGAUUGUUGAACCACCUGAUAAAAAUUAUUACCAAGAAGGGGAAUCCAAAUCCACAAAGUGCAAACUGUGUCCUUUUUCAGGAAAAGCUAUUGUUAGUCAUUAUGCAAUUACCCAUCCUAAAGAUGAAGUAUUAAUAUCACGUAUGUCUCCAGUAGCAGCAGAAACCGCUAAAUUUGAAUCAAGUAUAUUCUUCAGCCAACCAGAAGAUGAAAGACCACAAGUUGACAAAUUUAAAUGCCGUGUUUGCUAUCAAGAAUUCACCAAAUUUUUUAUGUUCUUUGAACACAUGGCCUUACAUACAGGAGAAUUUCGCCAUGAGUGUUGCAAGUGUGGCUAUAGAACAUCUACCCGAAGUGGCAUUACAAAGCACUGUUUAACUCAUGCUCAAAGUGGAAAAAAUGCAAUGAAAACAAGUUGCAGAGUAUUAUAUAAAGAGCCAUCUGAUCGGUCAAACUUCUUCGGUCAUUUGUGCUCAAUAUGCAAUUUUUUUCAGAUUCACCAUGUCAAUGUUAAGAGACAUGUUGAAAAUAUACACAACAGCCAAGAUUUUACGAAUAUUAUUAAAAUUAAUUUUUCCAAACUACCCUAUGCAGAAUCAGUUAAGGCUUUGAAUGUUCAGCCAUUAAAUGAAAAGAGAACAAGGAAAGACACUUGUGAAGAAAUAGUUCCUGUUGAAUCCUCAAAUCUCUCUGAAAAACCUGAAAGUAAUACGGUUGAAGACAUGAGUAACAAAGUGAUGGAACAACAAACAUCAAGAAUUCCAGAAAUCUACACAAAUAAUGAAGAGAUGAACACUAAUGAUACUAGUUUAGAACAGACAAAUCAAAGCAAAAACUGUAAUGAAAACCAUUGUGAAGGGGAAGUACCCAGUAUUGAACUGAAUACUUUGAAAAGUGUAUCAGUUCCUGAUAAAAUAAGAGAUAAAGAAAUGGAAAGUGAUCAAACAAGUACCAGUGCCGAGCCAGAAACUGAAAAACAAACAGAAAAAGGUUGCUUCGAACUUUCCCCAGAGUUGGACAACUAUUCACAAAUCAUAGAUGAAGAGGUUUCAAAUUCAUAUAAGAAAAAGUGCAAGGAAAUCGUAUUAAGUAUCUCGUUAAAACAACUCUCAAUAAAUAAACAUGGUUUUAUUGAAAAAAUGGCAUUGAAACAAAACUCAGAGGAAAAUAAUGCUGAAAAAAUAUACACUCUUCAUUGUUUAGUAUCUUCAAAAAUAAAAAAAGAUGAUGGUGAAAAUGAUAAAAAAAUGUUACCAGAAAAUUUAGAAAAGAUGGAUGACUCCUCUGAGACAACCCCAUCAAGACGACAACUCCCAGAUAGAAUAUGUAAAGGGUUAAUAAAAACAAAAUCUAAUGAAAUAGAUGAAGAAGAAGAUAGUUUUAUAGACUUUUUCCAAACAGAUGAUCAUAGCAACGAUGGUUUUGCAGAAGAAUUCACAGAAGGUCAUCUUAGUAGUGAUGGUGUGGAUAGUACUUCCACUUCUACAUUAUUGCUUUUUGAAAGGCAAAUUGAAAGAUGCAGAGAAUUAAAUGCCAAUAAAAACUCAUAUCUACCAAGAGUUUCUAACUACAAUUCGUCAUUACCAUUAAAUUCGAAUUUGUCAGAAUUUACUCAUGUGAUGAAGCAAAUCUCCCAGUUUGCUUUGAAACCCACUGAUUGUAAAGAAGUUACUGUUGGUGGUUUGAAAGUAAAUCAGACAUCAAAUUCUAUACAGUUUUCUUGUUCAGUCAAAAUUUUUAAUAAACAUUGCCAGUUUCAAACUGGAUCAUUGGAGACAUUUGGACAGCACGUGAACAUGUUACAUCACACUACAUUCUGGGAUGGUACAUGUGGAGCUUGCUUUGUUGUUUUCAUCCAAGAUUCUUCAAGUCAUGAUAAAGCUCCAAUACACACACAAAGUAGAGCAUUUUGUCAUCUUGUCAGAGAGCAUCUGACAUUUGUCAAGAAACUAUCCAGAACUGACCCUAAAGGAAGUUUAUCUUCAAAAGGAGUGAGUGAAGAAGCACAAGCAAGACCAAAGCUUAGAGUCCGUAGGUUGAGUGGUGACAAAUUGUCAAGUUCCGGACCCGAAAAUGUUCUCACUCAACCGCAGAUGGAAGUUACAGGUCCCAGUACAAAUAACGAGAGUGACAGCACACCACGUAUAUCGGCUGUCUCCGAUUCAGAUUCAAGAAGUUCUCCAGCAAUUGAUGACAAUAAGAUGUUACCGAUACCAACUCCUAGAAAAAUAGGUUUUGGAUCUCCGAGAACGGAAGGGAGAGGACCCACUUUCAUGUCAACCCUCGUAGCACAGAAGAGCUUCACAGCCUACCAUAACAUGUGCUCCUACAAGAAGCUUCGCCACCUGUUUAAGUGUAUGGGCGCCAACUGUAGCUUUACCACAAUGUCAUCCAAGGAAUUUACUAACCAUUUCGAUCAGCAUAGGGACAUUUACCUGUUGAGUCCAGAUGAAGAUGCACACAAAGGGUUUUGGAGGAAUUGUUCCUAUUGCCCCACAUACUACAGUACAAGUAAAGAAUUGUUGGUACACAUCAGAAAAGAACAUGCUCAGUGCUUGCUGCAGUGUGGCUAUUGCUUUUAUCGAGCAAAGACCAUUGCCAACGUGCAUUUUCACCAUACAAAUGACCACCAAAAAGAGAUUUUCUGUGCCCUUCAAUGUGAACAGAGAGAACUCAACCUGCCUCCACUUAACGAAAAAUCAUUCACCGACGUUGUUUCAGUUUUACGAUGCACUAAAGAUGGUUGUAGCCUGUUCACUUACAUGUUUCACUCUUUCUGCAACCACCUGUUGUCUGUUCAUGGGAAUGAUCUGAGCUGUCAUUUUUGUCACGUGAAAUUUAAUACCAUUUCUUCACUCCUAAAGCACUGCAGUGAAGCCCAUGGUGUGGGCUUGUUUCAGUGCCUCUACUGUGUAUUUGGUACUUCGACCGAGCAUGAGAUCCGAUUACACUUGUGCUACAAACACCCCAGUUGCGUACCCAAGACCAUACAUCGCAGUGAUAGCAAUGCAAAGUCCACUGUGGGGACAAACAGAGAGAGUCUGAAGAGGAUUGUCUUUAAUAAGGAUGAAGAGAAGUUGUUAAAGCAUGUGAUUCCUCUGCCACCUGAAGAGACCGAGGAGGGAUGUAGUGUCGAGGCACAGAAUCCGUCCAUUUCAGAGACUCCUCCACCGAAAUUAGAAAAUGUAAUUUCAUCACCCACUGGAUCCCCGUACCGACCGGUCAUUUUCAGGGGCAUCAAUUCAAAUCCUGGAAGCGCGACCUUAACACAACCACAAAAGAUUAUUAUUAUGAGUACUGGCAGUUCGAUCUCACCGACCCCUGUUAAACUGAUUCGCUUGGCUCCUACUUCACCUAACAACGCUUUAACGGUGUCACCGUCAAUUAAAAAUCUUAUAACGAUCUCACCUGUGAUGCAAGUCCCCACAAGCCCCAAAAAGCCAGGUGGAAGCGCUCUGAGCCCUUGCAGAAUCAUAGUCCCUAUGAGCUCUCCGGCAGUGACGAUCUCACCUAGCACAUCAGGAGUUCAGAGGAAGUCAGUGAUAACGUCAUUAGUUGGUUCUCCGGUGACGACCUCGUUGGUCACCAUGCCGACCACAUCCUUGGCGAUAAGGAGACCGAUAAUGACAAGCAGUGUCGCAGAGAAUACUUUGGACACGACCUCUGCAUCCCCUAAUGCAAGUUUUAGUGUGGCCGAAACUGCAAGUACCUUGCCAGAAUCACUCCCUCAAAAAUCAGAGGAGAUCUUGACCAAGGACGUUGAGGAGAAAUACUUCAAAUGUGGAAACAUAGGGUGCAAUUUCGAGUCCAGCACUUCCGUCCAUUUGAAGAAUCACCUGAUAAUAUGCAAUCAUGCACGUCAGUCACAGAGACUGGUCUGCGCAUUUUGCAAGAGGUUAUUCAAGCAGGGUGCUUCACUGAUUGAACACCUGAAGAUCCACGGGCCGGACCGGUUUUCGUGUGCUCUUUGCGAUUUCAAGGAACCUCUCCAGUCGAGGAUCACUGCGCACAUGAAAGCUGUUCACAACAUCACUAAUACAAUUUUGGUUCCAGUGGAUUCCCUAAAACAGGACUCGGACAAGGAUCAUUUUGUUGUCACACCAAAGGAAAGGCAGAGUAGAGGGUCUGGGAAGAGCGGUGCCAGGCCAAAGAAGAACGAUGGAAUGAAAACAAAAUUUUGCUUGGAAGAAGUGGAUGAUAUACCGAACACUGCAAUCUUUCAGGCUCCACUAGGGUGUUCCCUAUGUCCUUACGAAACCAAAGUGAGAAGUAAUUUGGUAAGACAUAUUUCACAACACACGUCAGGCCAUAACGUUUCUCAAGAAGAGGUUGUGAAUCCGGUGCCUGAAAAAACAGAAAAGAUGUUUGACAAAAUGAUGAACUUAGCAGGAAGUUCUCAUAAAAAGAAACUCAGCCAAGAGGAGGAAGUGAGUGGACAAGCGGAUAUUGACUGCCAAUAUAAGUAUGUUCCUGAACAACUCAGAUACUUGUGUCACUUGAAGGAAUGUGGCCAUCAGACCAUCUCGGAAUCUAUGCUUCGGUUCCACAUUACAGUAAUACACAAGGAUGACACUGUGUAUCUGUGCCCACAUUGCCCAGAGUCGUCCAAUCCCAUACCCAUAGACCAGCUAGGACUCCAUCUGAAGUUACAUGACAGCCCCCUGUACAAGUGUUCCUACUGCGAUCAUUUCAGCCAUAUCAAAAGGUCAAUUCAAAAACAUCAGUCAGACACUCAUCCAGACGAAGCAGCCUCUGUUCUGGUGGUGCGGACAGCGAAGCCUAACCAAGUGGAGGGACCAGUGGCUAAACCUGUUCUUCCUGCUGACCAAUCCGAUGAACAGGUGGCCGGAGAAGAGUGGCUGUGUUGUACCAUGUGCAGCUACAAAACGAAGAAAAAGAAAGCGAUGCUGUCUCACGGCGCCACUGAGCAUCAGAUGGCUAAACCUUUCAAAUGUUCUGUGUGCAACUAUGAAAGUGCCACAGACCACAUAUUCAAAAGCCACCUUAAGGCCUACCAUCCGGAGGAAGACGCUUGUGAAGUUAAUAUGCUGUACAAAAAGGUCACUGAGGUUAAAAAACCGAAUCUUGCACCUAUUCCUCCUCUUUGGAAAAGAGAUAAUAAGAGGAUAAAGCUCAUUAGAGGAAUUAAGUUGGACGAAAAGGGAGAUGCACCGCCUCCAGUGGCCACCUGCAUCAACAUGGAUGUGAGCGAUCUUGACAUCCUGGAGUUAAAGUUUGGGUCUUUUGGGCGACCUUCAUAUGACGGACUGUUUGAGUGUCCACGAUGUCCCACCUUCCAAGUCAAGAAUAGGCAAGAGAUGCGAGAACAUCUGUACAAGGAUCUUGAGUACAAGCCGUUUUCCUGUGUAACAUGCAAGUUUGCCACCACACAGAGAACCAAAGUUCUGAAACACAUCAAUAAAGUCCACAACAUUGACUCGGAAAGAUGUGCCGGCUAUGUGGAGACAAAUACAAACCAGGACAUGGAAGACUGGGUUGAAAAGGUUAUUCGAACACAGAUAGAGAUAGCAUCAACUAGAGAGCUCACAACCGAAGAAUUUCUGCCAAAAACUAUAACAGUAGUCAGAAAAAGAAGGAGAUCCUCAUUAGAUGUGGGCAGCGAAGUGCAAACCGUCACCUCUCAACCCUCAACCUCCUCAGCAACUGCUUGUGGUUUAUCUGUGCCUGUGGAUGCAGAGAAACCAUCCACCAGUGGUGUAUCUGCCAACUGGAGUCCUGUGGAAGGAGGGGACACCCCUAGCUCUGCCUGCACUGCCACCAGUUACCUGACAUCAGAUGAAAAGGACAUUUCAAAAAACUCACCAGAGAAGAAGAAAAGGAGGGAAUCUCCAUCAAAACACAGAUUUGGCUGCAAUUACUGCAGUGUUACAACGAAGUUCAAAAAUUUGAUUGUACAACAUAUUAAAAAAACUCAUCCUGAUCUGCCUGUUAAAAUAAUUUCAUUAGAUAAUCAGUUAAUUGAAGGUGAAUCAGUCGCUUACAGUUGUGUUCACUGUAAUGCCACUGCAUUGAAUCUCACUAAUUUGAAGGAACAUUUUGUACAAUCUCACAAAGAAAGUGGGCUUUUAUUCAAGUUCAAGAAGACGAGUGUACUCUGUGAACUAGAUUACGAGUGCUACUGGUGCAAGAACCAAUAUAAUGUACGACAUUUGGAACUUCACUGCAGAACAGAUCAUCCCGAUCUGUGUGUCUUGAUGGUGUCGCCGACAAUUAUGGAAUAUAAGUGUUCCCAGUGUGACCUUGUUUUAUAUUCAGUGGAAAACUUAAAAAGACAUUUUCUUAUGGAUCACCCAACACAAGAGUUCUCGUACGUUAUCGCCCACACACCAAAGUCGGAUCUAUCAGGAGAGAACAGUAGCCCUGCAUCUAGUAACCCGGACAGUUCUGGUCAGAUGAGGCAACAAAAACUGUACAAGUGUCCUAUCUGUCACUUUGUUUGUUCACAGUACUGGCCGAUGAUAAAACAUUUGAACAGGCACUUUGUCACGUACGUGUGCACUGAAUGUGACAAUGUGUAUUCCACUGCUUUCGGUGCGAGGACUCACAUAAUGAAUAAGCACAAGGGAUCUGACGUAAAACCCGUCGUUUUAAAGGGAUCUGAUAAGGACAUUGAACACGCCAAGAGUCAAAUUGUCAUCGUUUCUCAUACAGGGAAAAAAAGAAAAAUCACACGAGUUGAAUUAAAUAAGGCGGAAAUGGAAGAGAAACGUCUUGAACAGACCCUGGAAAUGUACUCCUAUGACGAACCAUUAAAAGUAGCCGUACAUUCACCUAUUAGAGAAACAGCUCGCAAGUCCACUGCAUCUAGAAAGCGAUUAAUGUCUACCGUAGUGGGGGGGGCCCCAGUGUUACUUCAGUUUCCUCCUCAAAGGUCGAGGUCACCAAAUAAUCUUGCCAGUGACACGACCGUAAGUAUUCCCUCCCAUGGUAAAUCCAUCAGCCUACCUGCCCUUGUUCUCCAACAACUCGUCAAGUUUGAUGCAAAGCUAGUCGUGGAAGAUGUUUCCAACCAGAGAACAUGACCUACAAUUUUGCAGACUUUGCUUUGGGAUCAUGAUUAUUGUUAACUUAUGUGCUUUGCUUGUAAUUGCAAGUUUAGCAGCCAAUACGAUUGGCGCUUUUAAUCUUUCCUUUUUUCAUAAUUUGUCAAUGUGAUUUAUUAAUAUUUAAGGGUCUGUUAGCUUAUAUAUGUAAUGUUUUUUAAAAUAUUCAAUAUGUUUAUACGUUCAAUUAUAAUGUUAAUUUUUUAACUAUCAGUUAUUGUAUUUUUAUAUUCAAAGUAUUAAUUUAUAGUUAUGUUAUUUUGCUUAUUUUUGUUUUCUUAUUUUCUGUCAGUAAUUAUAUUUACAUUUUACUUGUUUCAUAAUAAUGAUUCACUUUACAGUUGAUUAUUUCCACAUAAUAAUUUAAUUUACAAUCAUACAUAAGCAAUUUAGAAUUUAACUUGUUAAAAGACUGUUAAUCAUUUAUUGCCAUAUGUUGACCAUAAUAUUAAAUUGAGGUAGUCUAGUUUAUGUUUCUUCUUUAUCAGUUUAUGUAGGCUACUUUAAGUAUAACAUUCCCUGUGAUGUAAAGGAAAUACAAUUUUAAUCGUAAUUCAAAUCCUCAGAUUUGUUACGAUAUGUGUGCAUGGUGGAA